AGCCUGUCGCCGCUGCUGCCGCCGCCAGAUUGUGUCUCAGACUGUCAGAUAAAGCGGCGGGCUGCCGGGGGGGCGUUGAGCACAGCCCGAGCCGGACAUGGCGGCGCUCUACGCCUGCACCAAGUGCCACCAGCGCUUCCCCUUCGAGGCGCUGUCUCAGGGGCAGCAGCUGUGCAAGGAAUGUCGGAUUGCACACCCUGUUGUGAAGUGCACCUACUGCAGGACUGAGUACCAGCAGGAGAGUAAAACCAAUACAAUAUGCAAGAAAUGUGCUCAGAAUGUGCAGUUGUACGGAACGCCCAAACCUUGUCAGUAUUGCAACAUAAUUGCAGCAUUUAUUGGCAAUAAAUGCCAGCGCUGUACAAAUUCAGAGAAGAAGUAUGGACCACCAUAUUCUUGUGAACAGUGCAAGCAGCAGUGUGCAUUUGACAGGAAGGAUGAUAGAAAGAAGGUGGAUGGGAAAUUGCUGUGUUGGCUUUGUACACUUUCAUACAAACGGGUCCUGCAGAAGACCAAAGAGCAGAGGAAGCAUCUGAGCAGCUCUUCCCGUGCUGGCCACCAAGAGAAGGAGCAGUACAGUCGACUGAGUAGUGGUGGCCAUUACAACAGCUUUUCCCCAGACCUGGCUCUAGACUCACCAGGCACUGACCACUUUGUCAUCAUUGCCCAACUGAAGGAAGAAGUGGCCACUCUAAAGAAGAUGCUGCAUCAAAAAGAUCAAAUGAUUUUAGAGAAAGAGAAGAAGAUUACAGAGUUGAAAGCUGAUUUUCAGUACCAGGAAUCUCAGAUGAGAGCCAAAAUGAACCAGAUGGAGAAAACCCACAAAGAAGUUACAGAACAGUUGCAGGCCAAAAACCGAGAACUUCUGAAGCAGGCAGCUGCCUUGUCCAAGAGCAAGAAGUCCGAGAAGUCAGGAGCUAUAACUUCCCCGUGAGAGACCACCAGGAAGGAGGCUCCCCACCAACAGCAGAUGGA